AAAAAGUUGCAUAUUGGAUUGUAACGUUACUGAAAAACAGGAACUCACAAAUUGAUCUGAUUACGAAACUAUCGGAGAGGAUGAAAGAUUCAAGCUUUGUGGACGUUCUCUAAUUAAUUUCGUCAGAUCUUCUUCUUCCAUGGCGAUGGCGAUGUCAAUGUCAAAGUUGAAAGCUUUAUCAUGAAAACCACAACUUUCUCUUCUCUUUCCAUUUUUUUAUCCCUUCGUUAGAAUCCAUUCUCACUUUUUUUUUCCUCCCCAAUACUAACCCGCGAGUCCAUCCUUGACCCUCGCCAAAACCUCGAUUUCGUGGAAAAAAAGUUGUCGAUUCGGUGUCGAUUUCCCUGCAAUCUCUGAUUCCUCGGGAUAUUUUACAGAAAUUCCCCUUGAUUUUAAUCUUCUGAUCAUCCGAUCAAUCUUCUUCUUCGAACUGUGUUGAGUCGGGAGGAGAAGGGGAAGCGCGAUUAAAUGGGGUGUUGCCUGAGCACGACGGCGGCUGGCUCGAAGUCUAGCCGGGUCUCGCGGUGGCGAUCCACCGGAAUCGUCGCCCUCCGCGACGCCAAGUUGAAGACAUUUCCCGAUGAAGUGAUCGAAAUGGAGAGAGCAGUUCGAACUCUCGAUCUAACUCACAACAAGAUCACUAAUGUUCCUGGAGAAAUCAGCAAACUGAUAAAUAUGCAGCGUCUGGUAAUAGCCGAUAAUCUAAUCGAGUGUCUUCCGGGGAAUCUUGGGAAGCUUCAGUCUCUCAAAAUUUUGAUUCUUGAUGGAAACCGCAUCAGUUGUUUGCCUGAUGAAUUGGGUCAAUUGGUAAGGCUUGAACAGUUGUCAAUCUCAAGAAAUAUGCUCAUAUACUUGCCUGACACUAUUGGAAGUCUUCGCAAUCUGGUGCUUUUGAACGUCUCAAAUAACAAAUUGAAAUCCCUCCCAGAAUCAGUUGGGAGCUGUGCUUCUUUGGAAGAAUUACAGGCAAAUGAUAACGUUAUUGAAGAUCUCCCCGUGUCACUGUGCAAUCUCGUACAUUUAAAGUCCCUUUGCCUCGACAAUAAUCAAGUGAACCAGAUACCCGAUAAUUUGCUGAAACAAUGCACAAGUCUACAAAACAUUUCCUUGCAUAACAAUCCCAUUUCUAUGGAUCAAUUUCAGCUGAUGGAAGGAUACCAAGAAUUUGAAGCAAGGAGAAAGAAGAAGUUCGAUAAGCAAAUCGAUUCCAAUGUGAUGAUCAGCUCCAAAGGCCUUGAUGUCGGUGUCGAUAAAUAACCUUCUCUAUUUACUCUUGCCAGAUCAGCGAAUCUGCAUCAUGGCAGGGACUAUGAUCUGUGUAAGCAUGGCUCUGAUCUUUCUGCAGGGUAGAAUGCCUCAACUGCCGUGAAAUGGAAGAACCCCCUUCGUUGCCUUUCUUUUUCUCAAUUCUUGUACACAUACUUGCCCAUAUACGCCAACAUGAAUGUACGUGUACACAUUAUGGACGCAUGCACGUACUUGUUUCUCUGUAUGUGGUUGUGUAUUAUUAUGUGAUUUAUACAUAUGAUGUAAACAUACAUAUA